AUGGCGCAAUUGCUUGCUCCCUACCACAAUGGCAUGCGCCUCGGGCAGGGCUUCAAUUCGUACACGCAGCAGAUCUGUCUGGACAAGGCCGUGCUGCCCGAAGCGAGCCCGGAGGCCAAGGCAGUCCGAGAGAAACUGAUCCUAUCCAAGGGCGGGCAGCCAGCGAACGAGCUCACGGCUGGACAAAUCGUGACAUAUUCGUCGCGGUUUGUCGAUAAGAUCAGCGAUGUGACUGAUGCAAUGAACAUCUCCGGCUCGCUGUCGAUCAAGACGGCGACCAUCGGCGGCAAGGCGAACGGAUCGUACGUGGAUAGCGACAAGUUCAAGUCGAGCGACAUCAACUUCCAUCUGCAGGUCAAAGUGACCAACCAGGUGCAUGAGCCGGAGCUGUACUCCAUCUUCAAUCCCAUCGAAGGGCUGGAUGAUUCCAAAUUCACCGAUGUUUACGGGGAUACGUUUAUCUCGGGCUGGGAGCUGGGCGGCGAGCUGAACGCCAUCAUCUCAAUGAAGGUCAAUGACAAGUCCAAGAUCUUCGACAUCAAGGCCCACCUGGAGGCGGAGCUGAGCACGGCGUCCAUCGGAGGCAAGGUCGAGGCCAACGCCGACAUCACGAAAGAGAGCCUGAGCCGCGACACCGAGACCACCAUCGCCGUCAACUGGUCAGGCGGCGGCAGCAUCAAAGAUCCCGGCGAUGACUGGACCUUCGGCGUGCUCAAGGGCGCCGCCGCUGCGUUUCCGGACCUGGUCGCCAUCACGCCGCAGCGGACAUACGCCAUCCUCACCAAAUACACGGCGCUCAAGGACUUUUACACGCACUACCGGCAGUACUCGCCGCUGGACUAUGAGAACGCAGGCAUCUACACCAGCUCCAUGCUGGACUCGUACAUGGAGUACAAGUCGCUCUGGAAGCAAAUCUCGUUUGCCACCGCCGAGCUGGAGGGGAACCGCGCGACCAUCGAGUUCGGACAGCCCAGCGAGGAGAUCCACCAACUGGCGUUGGAAGCAGAAAAAGAACCCCAGCUACAACUCAUCCAGGCCGCGGCUCCCAUCCCAACCACCCCCGACCCGGAUCCCGUCCAGGUCCCGAUCUUCCAGGCCUCCUUUGCAGGCUUGAUCGCAGCGCGCAAGACCUGCCGCUUCGAGAUGGCCAAGAUCGUCAACGAGGUGGAUGCCGUGGCGCGGAAUCCCAAGGUCGCCGCCGAUCCCGACCGCGACUCGUAUUUCCUCAACCCGCUGGUCUUCAAGCAGCUGCUUCCAGUU